CUUGGUGUAAAGUGUAAACGAGGGGAAGGGGCAACUGGUUACAUUUGAAUGUAGUGUUUAAAAAUUAAAUUCUCUUUGACAACAACAAAUUGUAUUUUCAAGAGUUUUUUGGUUAGCAAAAAAUAUUUGUUAUAAAAUGACAACUAUUCGCCCAUUUACUUGUGAAGAUAUGUUAAAAUUUAACAAUGUAAAUUUGGAUCCAUUAACUGAAACUUAUGGAUUAUCUUUCUACACGCAGUAUUUAGCACAUUGGCCUGAAUAUUUUCAAGUAGCUGAAUCCCCUAGUGGAGAAAUAAUGGGAUACAUAAUGGGAAAAGCAGAAGGUCAUGGUGAAAACUGGCAUGGUCAUGUUACUGCAUUAACCGUUAGCCCUUACUACAGAAGAUUGGGGAUUGCUGCUACUUUGAUGAAAUUACUUGAAGAUGAAUCAGAAAAGAAGAAUGCAUAUUUUGUGGACCUCUUUGUUAGAGUGAGCAAUAAGGUGGCAAUCGACAUGUACAAGAACCUUGGAUACAUAGUUUACCGUACUGUUUUAGAAUAUUACUCUGGAGAGCAACGGGAUGAAAAUGCCUAUGAUAUGAGAAAAGCCUGUUCAAGAGAUGUUGAAAAAAAAUCAGUGAUUCCUGUUACACAUCCUGUCCGCCCUGAAGAUGUGGAUUAAAAAGAUCUAAAAAAUA